AUGAAUUCUCUGCCUCAACUGUUUUUGGAACAGAAAUCAAUGUUAACCCCGCUAGAUUGUCAAUUGACUCAAAACCAGAGUCAUAAAGACAAGGAAAACGCCGAGGUACAGAAACUUUGUCACAAUGCCAAAGAACGCCAACGGCGAAAGAGAUUGAACAUCCUUUACUUCCAGUUAUGUUCACUGCUACCCAAUACAAAUCGAAAGACCAAACUGAGCAAUCCAGCCAUUGUUUCUCAAAUUCUAAGCUACAUUCCCGAGUUACUAAGUGAGAUUAAAAAAUUAAGCAAACAACGUGAUAAGAUGUUAGCUUCUUUAGAGAUUUUGCAGGAUUCAAGGCCAAUGGUUACAGUAAGUGCAGAAAUGGGAAGUAAUGAGGUGGUGAUUACAGUUCAUAGCUGUAGAAGAGAGAUUUUGUUGUCUAAGCUGUUGAGGUUGGUGGAAGAAGAGGAACUCGAUGUGAAGAGUGCCUCAAUGUUUGCUGGGGGUGAAAAAGUUUGGCACACCCUCCACCUUCAGGUUAGGCAAAAUGAUAAACUUAAUAUAGUUUUGAUGGAAAAAAAAAAAAAGUCAAUAACUGUUGUAAAAUUUGUGGUUUCAGAUGAUGAAAGUAAGGAGCAGUUUGGACACUGCACUUCUGCGCAACAAGAUUGUGAUGAUGAUGGUGUUACUUCAAAAAUCGCCCUUACUAGGGUUUAUAGACAACAAUUGAGCUCUUAUAUGCUUUUAGUUGAUUAA